AUGUCAUUGAAGCUUCCCUAUCCAAACGUUUAUAAAUUUCUCAAUAAUUUUUCUGCCCCCGAUCAAGGGUCUCCAGAACAGACUUCAAGAAGUCAAGGACUCAGAAAAAGCGGUCCGAGAUCCAAGACGGGCUGUUCAACAUGCAAACAGCGACGUGUUAAGUGCGACGAAACCAAACCAGAGUGUGUCAGGUGUCAAAACCUUGGUCGUGAAUGUGGUGGAUACGCCCCAGAGCAUGCUGAAGAUGCCUCCAAACAAACUUCUCAGAAUGCUCCAGUACCCAUCCAUCCACGACCGAUGUCUGUAAUGUCCUAUGCCCCUUCGGUCGCUAUACUUAGUGAUCAAGCCGAACGUCGAUAUUUUCAAAGGUUCUGUGACAAAACAGCGGCUGAAAUUUGCGGUUCUUUCGAUCCAACCUUUUGGACGGAGAAGGUCCCUCAACUCUGUCACCAUGAUGCUCCCAUCAGAUAUGCCACUAUCGCCUUAGGAGCUCUUGCGAAAUCCUUGGAGAUCACAUCUUCUCCAACUCGACUGUCACUUUCGGGAUUCCCUCAAAUCGAUCAUCAUCAUUUAGAUGAACACCAUCGUUUCGCACUAAGAGAAUACAGCAGAGCCAUCGCUUCGCUGAGGAUAAUUCUUUCGGACGGCAGAAGGCAUUUGAGGACAUCUCUUACAGCAUGCGUACUAUUCAUGACCUUCGAAUCGCUUCAGGGAAGCUACGAAGGUGCUCUGACUCAUCUGAGAGGAGGUUCUAGAUUGUUGGCGGAUUGGAGGAUUGCUCGAAGAGGUGGAAGUUCUAGAUUGUCGCACGAUUCGUUGUCCGAAAUACAAGAUAAUUUGGUCGAUGACUUAGGUCGACUUUUUGCUCGUCUUGAUGUCCAAGGUCUUUUUGUUCCGCCGCCAUAUCCCGUUCCAAACCUUCUUCAAGAUGACAUUGAAAUCCCAGACGAUUUUGAAAGUGUUCAAGAAGCUCGAGAAGUAUGGGACUUCCUGAUGGCUGCUAUUGGUCAAUUCUAUCGAAAAUCUGUCAUGAAGUCGCAAACUGAACCAGAAGAACUUUCUACUCCAUAUUGGAACAGACUUCAUACUCACUACACCACACAAUUGCUUCGAUGGCGAAAAGCCUUUCAAUCCGUGCAUGCUGAAGAAGCACACGCUGGAAGUAUUUUUGCCGAUGCAACACAUAUGUUAAGCAUCUACUAUAACAUCGCCACGAUACUUGUUGCAUCAAGUAUUCCACAUACGGAGAUGCUAUAUGACGAAUAUAACCACCUCUUUGCAGAGAUCAUAUGCAAAGCUCAGAUUUUACUCUCUAGUCCGGAUGAUCCGAGUAAUGCAUCUCGCUUCACUCUUGACAUGGGAACAAUCCUCCCUCUCGUGAUCACGGCAGUGAAAUGCCGUGAUCGACGAAUUCGACGUCAGGCUAUCGCACUGCUUUGGUCCAAAGCAAGACGAGAAGGACUUUGCUUUGACACUAUCAGUGUAGCAAGAAUUUGCGCAUGGCUCUCAAGUAUUGAAGGAGAAGGUAUUCAAGAAGAUAAUCAACCAAUCCCAGAAUCAUCCAGAUGGGUAAUUUCAUACUUGCAUUUGAAUUCCGAAGAAAGGUGGUUAGCUGUGCAGUUGACGUUGAAACAAGGCGAGAAUGGAAACCCAAGGUACAGAGAAACAACAUUUUCUUGGUAA